AUGAAGUAUUUACCAUUGUUGCACUCAUUAAAUCAUUUUGUGAGUUAAUAUAUUAUUUUUAAGUAAGAGGUGCUGUACUAGGAAUGGAAAGUGGGGAAGAAAAAUUUUAUUAGCUGGCUGAUAAUUAUUUUUCUAAGGCUUAAACUUAUAAGCCUUACUAACAUUGCGAUUAGACUUCUACUUUAACUUUAUUCAUUUCUGUAUAUAUUCCAUCUUUUUAUUCACCACAAUUAUUAUUAGUAUUUAUGGAAUUCUACUUUUAUAGAGCAUUCAGAUAAGGAGUAUUUAAGCAGCUCGAAUUAGCAGGUUAGUGAUUGCUAAUGUAAUUCAUUUAAUUAAUAGAACUACUUGAAGAAUUAAAGGAAUUUAAAAUUUAUUAUGGCAUGCUUUAUUGAGUAUCAUUAGAUGGCAAGUUCACAUUCUACCCAAAAUAAUUUGAAGUUUGAUAUUGGUUUUAUCCUCCUACGAUUCCCAUGGGAUAAGUAUUUAAGUAAUUAUUGGUGUUGUAGCACAAUAAAUUUUACUAAUUCUCGGAGCUAUUAUAUUGAAAAUUUUAGCUGGUUGAUUAUUAUGUAAAUGGGACAGAUGGCAUGGUAAUAAAAUUUUGAGGUGUAAAACUUGAAUUUGAUGGAAUGCCAACUAUAGGGAUAGAUGAAGUAGGACAUAUUUAAUUAUUGA